AUGCAACCCUUAUCCGGAGAACUGGUAGGAUUCUCAGUAGAAAGGGUCCCAAUUCAAGGUUAUAUAUGGUUAGAAACGACACUGGGGGACACCCCAUUAUCAAGGGCCAUUGAUAUACAAUAUCUUAUAGUCGAAUGCCCCAGUCCUUACAAUAUUAUUCUUGGAAGACCUGCUCUGAACAUGUUCAGAGCAGUAGUGUCGACCUUAUAUUUAUGUGUUAAGUUUCAGGCACAGGACGGCAAGAUAGCAACACUCCACUCAGAUUGCCAACAAGCACGGCAAUGCUACAAUGCAAGCCUAAAAAGAUCUGACACGAGACAAAAGUAUCAACAAGAGGUCAAGGCAAUCCACAACAUGAAUGAAGUACUGUCUCUAGCAGAACUUGACCCUCGGGAGGACACCCAAGAAAGACCCCAGCCAGCGGAUGAGCUCCAGAAAGUUCUCCUGACAUCAAAACCAGGACAAUUCACCUACAUCGGCCGAGCACUCCAAGGACAAGAACAAUUGGAGCUCAUAAAGGUACUACAAGACAAUACCGAUCUGUUUUCCUGGACCUCGGCAGAUAUGUCAGGAAUAGACCCAAAUGUCAUUUGCCACAAGCUCGCCAUCGACAGAAUGAUCCGACCUAUAGCUCAAAAGAAAAGGAACCUCGGGGCGGAAAAGGCAAAGGCAGCUCUAGAGGAAGCCAAGAAGCUGUGCCGACUUCAUCAAAGAGAUCCGCUUCACCACGUGGCUCUCAAACGUGGUAAUGGUUUCAAAAGCUUAAGCUUCAUGGAUGCAUAUUCUGGUUACAACCAGAUCCUUAUGCAUCCAGAAGACCAGAGCAAGACAGCUUUUAUAACUGAACAUGGGAAUUUUUGUUAUAGAGUGAUGCCAUUUGGUCUAAAGAAUGCAAGGGCAACAUAUCAGUGA